ACAACAGCUCCACAGUCCCACCAAUUGAAUAUGAUGUAGUUUUCUUGGCAGAUUGUUAUGUAAAUGUCAGUACUGAAUGUUUACAAAUGUUUUGCUGAAAUUCCUAGUUCAUUAAUAAAUUGAAGUAGAUACUAUUUCGCUCUUAACCAUGUCGACACGAUGGUAUCCAAUUUACCAACGCGGUAACCCACAAUUGCGAGUGUUUUUGCCCAACUUCUGGUUGAAGCUUUUGCGACCGGAACACAAACAGCCCCCCAACGUCGUGCAGUUCGCAUGUUCCAUGGAAAUGACCCGGCACGAUGUGAAAAACUAUCUAGAAAAGAUAUACAAAGUUCCCGUCGUUAACGUCCGUACACGCAUUGCUUUGGGUAACACCAAGCGAGACCUGGUUCUGGGAUACAUUACGAAGGAAGAGGAUACCAAACUUGCCUAUGUCACUCUGCCAAAUAAUAUGAAAUUUGAGUUUCCGGACAUCUUUCCAACAGACGCGAAGCAAAAAAUUGAGGAUGAUAAGAAAUCCCUCGAGGAUGCGAAGAAAAAUCACAAAAAGUUUCUCGAUAAGAACAAAGACCGGCCCGGUACACCUGGUUGGUUUUCCAUUUGAUGUCAAACUAACAAACACUACUACAGUUUAAACGAACGUAUUGUUAUAGUAAACUAAUAAACCCGGUUUAUUUCUGAUUAUUA